UUGUCGGUAGCUUCUAACCCGCUCAAGUUUAUCAAACUCGUGACCGUCAUAUGUCGACUGUGAAUCAGCUGUUGAUAAAAACAUGUCACGACAGAAAUCUUCUGCUUCCUUAAAACGGAAAUGUCAAGACGACAGGGGGAAAGUCGUGAGAGGUAAAGGACCAUGGAGUGCCGCGGUGUAUGGGUACUUGGAGAUGCCUUCCAACAAGUCCUCCUCAACCAUCUACCAGUUCUACAACUGCCGCAUUCUCAAGGAUGGGAAACUUCAAAGGGAAGACUUAUGGAUAAGAGAUGGGAAGAUCCUCAACCCAGAGAAGCUGUUCUUUGAUGAGAAGGGGUAUGCAGAUGUGCGGAUUGACUGUAAAAAUCUCCUCAUCGCCCCAGGAUACAUUGAUGUACAGAUCAAUGGUGGGUUUGGGGUUGACUUCUCCUCAGACGUGGAGAAUUGUGAAGAGGGAAUUUCCAAAGUUGCUAAGGGACUGCUGGCCUAUGGCUGUACAUCGUUCUGUCCAACUAUAGUCACCUCACCUCCUGAGAUAUAUAAACAGAUCCUCCCAAGGAUAAAGUUGAGAGAUGGAAGCUCAGAAGGAGCAGGGGUGUUGGGAAUACAUAUUGAGGGACCCUUCAUCAGUAAAGACAAGAAGGGAGCCCAUCCUGAGAGGUACCUUAGGAAGUUCCGGCAGGGCUGGGAUGAUGUGUUAGACACCUACAGUACCCUGGAGGGUGUCAGGCUCUUCACCAUCGCACCUGAACUGGAGAAUUCCUCUGACAUCAUCAAACAAAUGGUCAAAAGGAACAUCAGAGUUUCUGUAGGGCAUUCCUCAGCUAACCUGUCGCAGGCGGAAGCAGCUGUGAAAGCAGGUGCCACCUGUAUUACCCACCUGUUUAAUGCCAUGGGACCGUUCCACCACAGAGACCCAGGGAUAGUUGGGCUACUGACCAGCCACAAGAUUCCCAAAGGAGUGACCCUGUUCUACGGGAUGAUUGCUGACGGUAUCCACACGGACCCUGCUGCCUUAAGGAUAGCGUACAGGGCACAUCCACAAGGUAUUGUGCUGGUCACUGAUGCCAUCACAGCCAUGGGUUUACCGAUCGGCAGCUACAAAGUUGGGCAACAAGAGUUUGAGGUGACGCCCGAGGGCAGGGCCUUUGUUCUGGGGACCAAAACUCUCAUUGGAAGCAUUGUGACAAUGGACAAGUGUGUCAAACACUUUCUAGAGGCAACAAACUGUUCCAUUGAGGAGGCCCUGGAGGCUGGCACGCGCCACCCGGCAGAGAUGAUGGGUAUUGCAGCUCAGAAAGGGACUCUGGACUACAACUCUGAUGCAGAUUUUAUCCUUCUGGACGAUGAGCUGAACGUCCAGGCAACGUACAUUGCAGGGGAACUGGUGUGGGAUAAAGUCACAGGGAACCAUGAUAAACGUGUCAUACAGAGGAAGGGUAUCAGUUGAUAUGAAGCUAUAUUUUGAUCACUCUUCGUUCAAUAGAUGAUGUGUCAUAUUUCCUUGUGUUAUAUUUUGUUCUAUUGACAAAUUAGAGGAAACCAGCAAAACUGUGGCCUUAAAAUUAGACUAGCAUGUAGAACUGCACGCAUAUAUCAAAUUUUGCUUACAAAGGGUUCAACUCAGUAAUAAUUCAUAUGCGCACAUGCUUCUUUACUUUCUGUUCCAAAAGAAAUAUCAUAUAAAAUAUAUGUUGAGAAAGAAGUUAUCGUAGAUUCCUCCUAACCCUAUUUGACACCAUCCUCAUAUGUAAACUAUUGAAAUGUAUCAAAAUAAUUAAUGGUUGUUUAUGAAGUUAAUGGGAAGUAGAUUUUGCAGAAAGUAUUGCAGGUGCUAAAACAUGCUGCUCGGUGUGUUGUAUAUGUAUACAUAUUCCUUACCAAUUGUUAACAAUUCCUCAACCCUCAUUUGCCACACUUAUUUAGUUUCACCAUGGUUAUGUGUUGUAAGCAUUUCUGUUUGUAUGUGUGGAACCAAUUUUGUUAUUCAUUGGUGACCAAGUGAUAAAGGAUAUUUGACAGAGGUCUACGUACUUAACCUAUAAUAAUCUAUUUAAUUCAUGCAUAGUUCUUGGAGCAAGAAUUUUAGCCUUGGGUGCCAGAGAUCAGUAUUAUAUCUGUGAGACAGAUGCUAUAAAUUGCAAAUAAAUAUUGCUAAAGAAACAAACUGA